UCCUUCCACAGCUAUUCUUCCUCUCUCUCUCUCUCUCUCUCUCUCUCUCUCUCUCUCUCUAAACUGCAGCAAUGGCGAAUCCCAUUUGGGUUUUUGCACUUCUCGUUGUCUUCAUUUCAGCUUCUGCAACUGCAAGUGUUCAAAAUAAAGUCACGGACAACCCUGCAGAUGAGCUCGUGGCCGCAGUGAACAGCAACCGAACGUCUAGUAAGUUGCCGUCCCUGUACAGCAGCCAAGGCCUCGCGUGCAUUGCUCUCCAAUACAUCAAAGCGUACCAAGGGGACUGUGGUGCCGUAGGCGGACCAAAUGCCAAGAAACCGGCUGACUCCGAGUUUGCUGAAACGUUUGCCCCCAACUGCGGUGUCGAGGCCUCGACCCUCGCUCCGAUCACCGGCCGUCUACUCGGAUGCCAGUCCAAGUACCUGAAGCCAUCGGAGGCGUUUUCAGACAUCUUGAUGAAGAACAACAAGAGCAUGGAGAUACUUCAGAGCAAGAACCACACGGAGGUCGGCGCCGCUGUUAGUGGCUCGGACGGGGGCGGCUCGUACUUUUGGUGCGUGCUGUUUAGCAGCGGGAAGUCGAACAGCAGCUUCGCGUUGGAAGGGACGGCUGCCAAGAUAAGCCGGCCGGGAUGCUUCAGCGGCGCUAAUGAUGUGUGUAGCGGCGCCGUUUUGUCGAGAACGCGUCGCGUUUGGCCGGCGGCGGCCGCCGGUUUGAUUGCAUUGGCUUAUGCAUUUGGGAUUUGAGUAGAUGAACAAGAUUAUGAUGCUCCAAAGUUCUUUGAGUUUCUUGUUAGAUAUCUCCUACAAUCUCUUUGUUGAUUGAUUUAUACAUUCUUGAAUGUAAGUUUGCAAGAAUCACAAUGAAAUGAUUUUUUCCUCUCUCUC